CAGAAGAUGCAGAUUUAUGAAUCUUAUUAUUAUUUUGAUAUUAUUAGUAACAUUUUACAGCUUCUACAGGAUUAUUAGUGAUCGAGUCUGUUACUGCCCAAGAGCCCACGAUCAAUUACUGUCCUUACCAGAGGAAACAUGUCGGCAAAUAAGGAACUCCAUCAUUCUCACACAACUGAAAAAUUACAAUCAAACAUUUCUAAUGGAACAAAUCAACAAACUGCAAAGUUGUCGGUGGUCGGUGACUGGACAUGCCCUGAAAGAUAUACGAUCAGAGCUUCACACUUGUUGCAAUGCCGGCAUUAAUCUUCUGGUCACACAAGCUAACACUCACAUUGGAGAUUAUAUAACUUAUGGAACCAACAGGGAUAAACGUGUUGAGGUGACAAAAAGCAUUCAUGAAAUGCUUCCCAAGGUCUCGCCCUUCCCUGAUAAGCCCUUUAGACGCUGCUCAGUGGUGGGAAAUGGGGGCAUUUUACUAAACAGCGGCUGCGGCUCUGAUAUUGAUCAGGCGGACUUCGUUUUCAGGUUUAAUUUGCCACCCAUGAAUUAUUCAGGAGACAUUGGAACAAAGACAGACCUGGUCACAGCGAAUCCAAGUAUCCUGCACAACAGCUACUCAAAACUGGACGAGGAGAGGAAACCCUUUAUUGAUGAUCUAAAGGCAUACAAGUCUGCCCUGAUCGUGAUGCCAGCUUUCUCCUUUACCAGCAAUGUAGACAUUUCCUUUAAAGUUUUUUAUACUUUGCAAGACUUUGAGUCACAGCAGAAGGUGGUUUACUUCCACCCAGACUAUUUGAAGAACCUUGCGCUCUACUGGAUAAAUAAGGGUCUUACGGCUCGUCGUUUGUCCUCUGGCCUCAUAAUGGUUAGCACAGCCUUGGAGCUCUGCGAUGAGAUCACACUCUAUGGUUUCUGGCCUUUUUCUAGAGGUGCAACAGGGAAACCAAUUUCACAUCGCUAUUAUGAUAACAAAGUGCCAAAACCUGGCUUCCAUUCCAUGGCUGAUGAGUUUUUCUUCUAUACCCAGAUGCAUAGCAAAGGGAUCCUGAAAAUAAAGAUCGGAACAUGUUACUGAGAUGCGACCAUGAAAAUUCAAUGAGAUUAAAGGGACCUUUUAUAUUAGAGAGUACAUGUUAGA